AUGACCAAUAUGUACGAUCAAUGGACGGGAAGCCCUUCUCUGACCGUGGUCCUGCUUGGCCUGGCAACUUUGACAUUUGUGAUCAUCCGCGCUCGCAAACCAGCUUUGGAUCUGCCUCGAUUCGAAGUCACGUCCGAUGUCGCUAAAACAAUCGAGGAAGCGCACGCACAGUACCCUGAGGAUCCGUUCAUCCUAUCAAUGGUGGGAAUGGAGUUGGUUAUUCUACCCCGGUCUAGCAUCGAUGUGCUUAAAGCUUUACCCGAAAACCAUGUGUCCAUCAAAAAACACCACCAUGACGUCUUCCUGGGCCAGUACACGUACAUGGGCACGAAAGCCCCCGAAUUCGACGAGGCGAUGCGCUACGAUCUCCCGCGCAACACACUGACCGUCCUGGCUUCCUUCGUGGCUGAAGUUGCCUACGCCGUGGAACAAAGCUUCGGUCAGCCGCGCGCAUGGACAUCCUUCCAACCCCGGCGCGGUAUGUCCCGGAUUGCCUCGUUGAUGUCGGGACGAGCAUUUGUCGGCCUUCCACUCAGCCGGGACGAGACCUGGAUCCAGGCAACGGUCACGUACACGCAGGACGUCACUCGCGCAUGGCUGGUUCUGCGCACGAUUCCCUGGCCGAUCCGGCCGUUGAUUGCCGGGCUACUGCCGCAGGUCCGAUCGUUGAAGUACCAGCGUCGGAUGACCGAGGAGAGGCUCAAGCCGCUGCUUGAAACACCAUCGACCCAGCAGUCCACGGCAGAUGAUGCGCCGGGAGGGGAUAUGCUGCGUUGGUUCCGACAGCGGUACCCGGGGAACCCCACGCCCAAACAGCUCGCCCGGGAUCAGCUGCUGGCCACCUUCGCCUCCAUCUAUAAUCUAUCCAAUGCGCUGACCUACUUGAUCUUCGAUCUCGCCAGUUACCCAGAACAUAUCGAGCCGCUGCGAGCCGAGCUUCGGGAGGUACUACAGGGCGAGUCGAUCAACAAGGAGAAUAUCCAGAGGCUGAAGAAGCUGGAUAGUUUCAUCCGUGAAUCCCAGCGGCUCAGUCCUCCCUCGCUAGCCAAUAUGCCACGAAUCGUGACCCAUCCGCGAGGCCUCAAGCUUCCCAGUGGGCACGUAAUUCCGCACGGCACCCGAGUCAUGGUUCGCGCGCACACGCUCAAUAUGGAUCCCCUACUGUGGUCGAAUCCGGCCACGUUUGAUGGCUUCCGUUUUGCGACACUGCGGGAUCAACCCGGCAACGCGUUCAAAUAUCAACAUGCUACUACGGGCACGGACAACAUCAAUUUCGGGCAUGGGAUAUGGGCGUGCCCCGGCCGUCAUUUUGCCAGUAGCCAGAUGAAAGUUGUUCUCGCCCAUUUGCUGCUGCACUAUGAUAUCAAGUUGCCCGAAGGGGCCGAAAAGCCUCAGCAGCAACAUUUCGGCCUGGCCAUUGUUCCCGAUGAAACGGCAACAGUUCUGAUCAAGUUGAGAGAGUAA